UGUCGGAGCGGGGAGCGCAUAGCAACAGGAUUCUGGGAUGAAGAAGCUUCGGCAGCAGCAUCUCCAGGAGCCGGUGACACCAGAGCUCCUGGUGAGCCCCAGCAGCCAGGACGGAGACCUGGGCUCCGAGUGCCCUGAAGACAGAGGGAACUGGACGGGGCGGCUGGAUUUCCUCCUCUCCUGCAUCGGAUACUGCGUGGGGCUUGGAAACGUCUGGAGGUUCCCCUACAGGGCUUACACCAAUGGAGGAGGAGCUUUCCUGGUUCCUUACUUCAUCAUGCUGGCCAUCUGCGGGAUCCCCAUCUUCUUCAUGGAGCUGUCACUUGGCCAGUUCUCCAGCCUGGGGCCGCUGGCUGUCUGGAAGAUAAGCCCCCUCUUUAAAGGCGUUGGCAUGGGCACAAUCCUCAUCGUCUCCCUGGUGGCCAUUUACUACAAUAUGAUCAUUGCUUACGUUCUCUUCUACCUCUUUGCAUCCCUCACAAGCGACUUGCCCUGGCAGCACUGUGGCAACUGGUGGAACACCGACCUGUGCCUGGACCACCACGUCAUCAAGGCAGGGAACACCACCUUCCCUGUCAACAUCACCAACACCGUCAGCCCCAGCGAGGAGUACUGGAGCCGGUACGUCCUGCACAUCCAAGGGAGCUCUGGGAUCGGAGAUCCUGGGAGGAUCCGCUGGAACCUGUGUCUGUGCCUGCUGCUUUCUUGGACCAUCGUCUAUCUGUGCAUCCUAAAGGGAGUCAAAUCCUCUGGCAAGGUCGUGUACUUCACCGCCACCUUCCCGUACCUCAUCCUGGUGAUGCUGCUUGUUCGUGGUGUGACGCUGGAGGGGGCCUGGAAGGGGAUCCGGUUUUACCUCACGCCCCAGUUUGAUCACUUGCUGUCUUCCAAGGUGUGGAUUGAGGCAGCCCUGCAGAUUUUCUACUCCCUUGGAGUAGGUUUCGGGGGCCUCCUCACCUUCGCCUCGUACAACACCUUCCAUCAGAACAUCUACAGGGACACCUUCAUAGUGACCCUGGGCAAUGCCAUCACCAGCAUCCUGGCAGGGUUUGCUAUCUUCUCUGUUUUGGGAUACAUGUCCCAGGAGCUUGGAGUCCCUGUUAACCAGGUAGCAAAAGCAGGUCCUGGCCUGGCUUUUGUGGUGUACCCCCAGGCCAUGACAAUGCUCCCCCUUUCUCCAUUCUGGUCUUUCCUGUUCUUCUUCAUGCUGUUAACCUUGGGCCUGGACAGCCAGUUUGCCUUUAUGGAGACCAUCGUUACGGCAGUGACAGAUGAAUUUCCCUACUACCUGCGGCCAAAGAAAGCUUCUUUCUCAGCUGUCAUCUGCAUUGCCCUCUUCCUGAUGGGGCUCAUCCUCACAACAGAGGGUGGGAUGUACUGGCUGGUCCUACUGGAUGACUACAGUGCUGGCUUUGGUCUCAUGGUGGUAGUGAUCACUACCUGCCUCGUGGUGACACGUGUCUACGGUAUGAAGAGGUUCUGCCGAGACAUCCACAUGAUGCUGGGCUUCAAACCAGGGCCCUACUUCAGAGCCUGCUGGAUGGUCCUGUCCCCUGCAACAAUGAUGGCUCUGCUGGUGUACAACAUCAUCAAGUACCAGCCCUCCGAGUACGGCAGCUACCGCUUCCCAACCUGGGCCGAGGUCUUGGGCAUCCUCAUGGGAGUUCUCUCCUGCCUGAUGAUUCCCAUAGGCAUGGUGGUGGCUGUGCUCCGAGAAGAAGGGACACUAUGGGAGCGAGUCUGGCAGGCAAGCCGGCCCACCAUGGACUGGGGCCCAUCGCUGGAGGAGAACCGGACCGGCAUGUAUGUGGCGAGCCUGGCCGGCAGCCAGUCCCCCAAACCACUGAUGGUUCACAUGCGGAAAUAUGGGGGCAUCACCAGCUACGAGAACACGGCCAUCGAGGUGGACCGAGAGAUGGAGGAGGAGGAGGAGGAAGAGGAGUCCAUGAUGUGA